ACUGAGCCGUCCUACGAGAAUCCAGCCGAAGAAGAAGAAGCAUUCCCUUGCAGCACCUGAACUAGAAGUCAGCCAGCAUGUGGGUCUGACAACGUAAACAAGACCGGUAACCGUUGUAGAUUUCCUCAAAAUAACUUGAAACUAAAACUACCAGCCAUGACUUCUGGAACGUCAUCAUCUUUACCUAACGUAAGAGGCAGUCUACAGGAAGUGCUGUUCGCUCAACGUCUCGCCGACAAUGAAAAGAAGGUGCGAGACAGGGCCCUGAAGAAGCUGAAGGUGUUCUUGUCUCUGAAGUCGUCCAAUGGACCUGGUUUUACAGAUGAUGAUGCCAUCAAAGUAUGGAAGGGCUUGUUUUAUUGCAUGUAUAUGGCUGACAAACCCCUGAUACAGGAAGAAGUUGCAGAGGAGGUCAGCUAUUUGAUUCAUGACCUAGGUAAUCAAAGUGAUCGCCACACAUUUAUAUCAGCAGCUUUUCGAACUUUUGCAAGGGAAUGGAAUGGCAUUGAUACUUUCCGACUGGAUAAAUUUAUGAUGUUUGUGAGAAGAGUGCUUCGACAAGUCUUCAUCUAUUUGAAACUGCAGCAAUGGAACCUCAAAGAAGUCGUGAGAUAUAUGAACAUUCUUGAUGCUAACAUUAUUCGUGCUGAUGACCAUACCAAUUCUACUCCUUUGGGAAUAAAGUUACAUUUAAGCAGCAUUAUCAUGGAAGAAUUGGCCAAAAUUGGUGGGGAAGAAUUGGACAAUAAAGUCAUUCUUGCAGUUAUCAAACCUUUCCUAAAGGUUCUAGCAGUUUCUAAAAUGGAGGUUUACCGUGAUACUGUAGCUGAAGAAAUUAUCCGCCACUUGAUGCGUCAGACUGACAUUGGUGUAGAAGCAGAAGAGAAUAUGCAUAUUACAAUGAAAGUAAUAAGAAGAAGAAAGGAAGAAAAAGUGGAAGAAGAAAGCAGUUGCCAUUGAAAUGCUGAAGUUGAUGAUAUAGCGGAAGGUGAUGACAACGAUGAAGAUGAAAUGGAAAUGGAGGAGAGACCUUUGGAAGAAUGUGUGUUAGACCCAAGGGCUGGAUCAGUUGAUGUUUGCAUACCACAACUGAAGCCUGACUUUGAAUUCAUAGCUAAUGCUUUACAAGAAGUAGGAAGUUUGAAGAAAGUGAGUAAUGUGAAUCGCCUGCUUCUGUACAAAUUGGUGGAUGAAUGCAAGGAUAUGGCAGGGAAUGUCUUUCCUUUAGGAUUUGCAGAGGAACAGCUUAAUGAUAAAGAAGAGGAGGUGGUGAUGGAGAGCGCAGAUAAGGCAGCAGACCGUUUACAGGAAUUUUACAGUCAAUUGAAGGAAGUAAAAGAAACAAAUGUUAAGGAGAUGGAAGACUUUAAAGCAGAUCCCCUGAAAAACUUGUCAAUAAAGGCAAGGUUGGAUGACAAAAAGCGUCGCAAGAAGAAACAGAAAUUAAAAAAAUUAAAAAGGCUUGAAAAGAAAACUGUCCCUCUUACUAAGAAGAAAGCACUUUCUAAACAACUCGUUGCAGCUGAAGCAAACCGUGUGAAGGCUGUGGAGAGAAAGCUUAGUAUGAUAACGCAGGAAGUAGGGGUGCCAAAUAUUACCAGUAUGCCUUUGAAGAGAAAGAGUAUGGAGAUCGCUAGUGACAAUGCCAAGCCAUUAAAAAAGAAAAAGAAAUCUGCAAAAACAAAUGCUAAAGUACAAAAGAAGAUUAAAAAAAAUAAGUCAGCAGGGUUUGAAGUGUCUGCCAUUACACCUGAUAGCUUAGAAGGAAAGAGCAAGCUUUCUUCUAGUUCAGGUUUUGAAGUAACCCUUAUGUGUAGUAAAGAACAGAGUGGGGCGGAACAAAAGCAUAUACCUAUGGUAGAGAAGGUUGCUGAGAAAAGUCAGGAUAUCGGUAACUCUACAAUGCUUUUGGCCACAGUUUCCACACUGCCAGGAAAAUCAGAGGGUAUGACUUCUGAUCAGCCCAAGAAAAUAAAGAAAAAAAAGAAAAAAGUAAGAGGUGAUGGAUUUAAAGAAAGCUCAUCUAACAUAAACAGAAUCAGCCAAGGUAAGUCAUUUGGAAAAGAGAAAGAAACUAUUGCUAAACAAAGUAAAGAAGUUGUCUCUUCUGCAGCUUCUGAAACUUAUGGAGACCCCUUAAUCUUGAGCAAAGGAAAUGCUUCAGUUGCUUCUAAGGGUGUUUCUCAAUUCACUGUAGAAUCAAAAGAAAAAAUAAUAAAUAAAACAAUUGUAGUUGAAGGAAAAUCAGAACAGAAGAGUAAUAAAGUUCUUUCUCAGGAAGUUUCUGAAAUAAAAACAAAAGCAAAGAAGAAACGCAAUAGUGGGAAAAUUGGUAUGGAAAGUAAUGCAGUAAAGAUUGAUAUGAAAAGUGACCAAGUGAAGACUAGUGCUAAGGAAUCUAAAAAGAAAAAUGUGAAAAAAGCUGAAAAUUCCAUUGUUGCAUCACCGGUCAAUGCACAGAUUACUUCUGCUGUUGGAAAGUCACCUAAGAAAACACCUAGUAAAGCAAAAGAGCUGACUAUGAAUUUUUCUGGAGACGAAAAUGGAUCCCUGUAUAAAAGAUCUUUGAAAGAAGAUAUUGAAAUAUUCAUUAAGAACAGAAGAAACAUGAAACUUGAGAAAAGAAAAAGUGCAGCUUUUAAUAGCCCAAAGGGAACUCCAAAGACUCCAAAAACAAAAGAAAGGACAAUCAAGAUCAACUUGAAACAGAAUCAAGAGCAUGAUUUUAAAGAUUACGAGCAUUCAGUAAGAAAUAGCCCCCAGAUUCCUUAUAGUGCAGACAGGAGGCCUAAAGCUCCAGUCUUAAAACCUUCUCCAUCUCCAAUUCUUGUAGGCAGACCAGCAUUGAAGAUUCUUAAAAAUGUAAUUAGAAAAUCUCCUGGUGCUAAGUCAGCCUCUCCAAUAUUGAAAAAUAAAUCUCCCAAGGCAAGAAAGAUGAAUAGAUCCAAAGCCUCUGAUUUCUUUUAAGCAAUUUUGUAAUUGAAAAUAAUAAUAUACUUAGCAAAUACCAAUACUCUUGUUUAAUACAAAGACAGAUUACUUUGAAAUUAAUAUCCCUUAAGUCAGUUUCAAAGUAAAAUUAAUAUUCCAUGAGACUAUCCAAGGAAUAUUAGACUAAAUACAUUUUUAUAUGAAAACACUUAUCACCUGUAUAGCAUGUACAGUGCUGUAUGCAAACUGUUAACUUUCCUUUAAAUUUGUUGUUUGCAAGUUUUAGCCAAAUAAUAGCAAUAUGACGGUUUUAAAUUAAAAUGUUAUACAGUACUGUAUUCAAAAUAUUAAGUUCUGACUACCUUGAAAUUUUUUAUUAAAUUUGGUUGUAAGUUUCAGCCAAAUGAUAGCAAUAUAAUAUAGUUUUAAAUUUAAAAUGACUAAGACAUUCUGUUUGAACAUAAUCAUUUUGAUGCAAUGUGAAUUUUUUUUUUUUAAAUCAUGAAUUUCCAUGAUGGCUCAGUAUUGAUUUUAUUCAUCCACAUAACUAAUUUGAUGCAGUAUGGAUUUUAAGAAAAUUCAUAAAUUUCCAGGAUGGCUUAGUAUCAAUUGUAUUUAUAAACCAUUGAUUUUACACUUGUAAUAAAACAUGUUUGGUUAAGUGCUUAGGCAUUAUGCAGUGAACCAGUGUGAUUGGUGCUGUAAAAGAAGUAAUUGAGGUAGUAACUUUAGAAAAUGUACUAUUUUAUCUUACUACUUCAGUUAGUAAUUCAUGAAUAUCAUUAGUUUCACUACUUCAGUUAGUAAUUCAUGAAUAUCAUUAGUUUCACAAGUACUACAGUAAUUUAUUGCUCCUCUCAUUUUUGUGUAGCUGUGAAUUUCCUAAACAUGCACUGCUAUGUAAGUAAAAAAGUAUGUACUGUACUAUUCCAAAUAUUGGUUUUUAAAGGAUUGUGUUUAACCAUGGAAAUGUUCAGUUAACUUCAUGUCCCACUGUGAUGAAGUUACCUAGAAUGUAGGUGGCCUCUGUAUGUACAGUAUGUCCCAUUUAAGGUAGCCUACACGAAUUUGUGUUUUUACAUGGAAAUCGGUCGUACAAAUUUGUUUUUUUUACAUAGAAAUCAGUCAUACAAAUUUGUGUUUUUACAUGGAAAUUAGUCAUGUAAAGGCAGAGUAAAUAAUGUAUAGUGUACAAGAUAAACAACAUUUUUCA